UGGCCGCCGUCGGUACCGAGAAGACACAUUAGCAAAUAAAUACAUACUAGAUUAUAACCCAGAAAUGGCUGAAUUAUUAGAAACACAAAGCCUUCAGGACCGCAUGAGCCGUCUACAGGAGCUAACAGAGUUCACAGAGAAUUGUAAAAAACAGUUGCAGGACAUAUUUGAAACACUGGGAUGGUCGCAGGACUACACGGGCUCCGACCAGGAGGCCUUGGAGCAAUGUCCCUACGACCCCGAUCACAGAGUUCCAGUCAAGAGCAUGGAGAAACACAAAGCCUCCUGCAGCCUCAGACAGAUGGGCUACACGGCUGAGGAGCAGGCAGAGAUGUUUGAUCCGUCUGUCUGUUAUGACAGCAACAAAGUCAGAACCUUUACAAUGGACAAAUCCAUGCAGCAUCAGGUGAUCCUCCAGGCUAGAUCUGCUGCACCUCUUAUGAAGAUGGAAGGAGUUUUCUGGCAAGGUCAGUAUUCCGGACAGCCGGUGGACGUGCCUCAGAACCACAAGAGAGCCGUGUGUGACCUUACUGUGGCUGACCGACUGGCUCUGUACGAUCAUGUGGUUGAUGUCCUUGCCCAUCAAAGGGAUCAGGCUCAGUCCUCCAGCAAUGAGGAUCUCUACGUAGAUUUGGUGAAGAAACUCCAGAAGGGUGAAGAACAAAAUGAACCAAAGACUCACCUAGAGCUGAUUGCAGAGAUGAGAGACUACAAGAGGCGGCGUCAGUCCUACCGAGCCAAGAAUGUGCACAUCACCAAAAAGUCAUACACUGAGGUGAUCCGAGAGGUGAUCAGCGUCCAUUCAGAGGAGCUCGCAAGACAGUGGAAAGAGGAUGAAGAAGAGCAGGAGACAACAUCUGAACUCUUUCAUAGGCAACACUUGGAUGAGAAGCGGUCGGCAUCCUCUGAGUCCCACCACUCCCACAGCAGACGCCAUCGGAGCCGUGAACGAAGCCAAGACAGAGAGGGCAAGAAGAAAAAGAAAAAGAAGAGAGAAAGGGAUUCACGUUCUCCUGAUGACUACCGCCAUCACGAGCACAAGAAGAAGAAAAAGAAGAAGAAAGAUGACAGGGAGAAAGAGAAGUGACAGUACUGAAUCACAGGGAGUCAGAUCAUAGAAGGUCAAAGGUCAUUAGAGUGAAACAUGUUAAUAUUACAAACUGGAGAUUUAUUUAGUAUUUGUGGUCAUUUAAUUUUUCCCCUAAAGAGAAAAUGUUUAUCUUAACUCUAUAUUAAAGAUUCACAAAGGAUUUAAUUAAAACACAUGAAAUAUGACGUUUUCGCACUGUUGCUCUUCAUUUAAACGUGUUCGACGAUCUUGAAUAGUCCACCCACAUCUGUCUUGUUGGCCAAAGACUACAUGGAAUGUUGGGCAGGAGUGUCAUAGCUGGCACUCUUCUACCACAGGGUCAAAGGUCACCCUAUUCCAGUCAGUUAUGUGAAUUUUUGCCACAGGACUUAUGUAGUCAUCAAGGCAUUUUAGUUUGAAAUGUUGGGUUAGAUCAUCUGAAAAUGUCUGAAAAUUAACAAGGUAAUUUGAAGUAAAUAAAUCUGAAGCCACACCUGAUGAAAUGUAUGAAAAUUUAAGAAAACAAAGAUUUGCAUGCACCACUGGAGAUCAGUUUACUGUUUGUAUGUUUACAGUCUAAUCUAUUUUCUGUAAAUUUGGGUUUUUUGUUUUUUUUUAUAGAGGUGUCAAUAAAAUGAAUAUUUUUAUUUUCAAAACUACUGACAACUUUCCUCGUAAAUUCCAAAUGAAAAUAUUGUCAUUAAGAGCACUGAUUUGCAGAUGAGAACUGGUUGAAAUAAAGAAAUAAAUAAAUGCAGUGUUUUCA